AUGGUCGACCUGGUCGCGCGCGACGAGGCGCACGACUACGUGCUCGGCACGCUGCGGGCGUUCGCGAGGGCGGCGGCAGCGGCGGCCACGUACGAGAUGAAGGGCGCGAUCGAGGCGCUCGCCGAGCUACCGGCCGAGCAGAGGCGCGCGGCGAGGGCGCUCGUCAUGCUCGCCAAGAUGCACUACGAGCUGCUCAACUACGCCCAGGCCGAGAAGGCGUUCCAGCUGGCGCGCCAAGUCGCGCCUUACCUCGUCGACGGCAUGGAGCUCUACUCGGCCACCCUGUGGCACCUGCGCUCGUCGACCGCCCUGUCCUCGCUCGCGCAAGAGCUCAUGGUCGUCGACCCGCACCACCCGUCGAGCUGGAUCGCGUCGGGCAACGUCUUCUCCCAAGUCGAGGACCACGCGAGCGCGCUGCGGUGCUUCAAGCGGGCGGCGCAGCUCGACGACGCGUGCGUCUACGCGUACACGUUGAGCGGGCACGAGUGCGUCAUGCUCGAGGAGUGGGAGCGCGCGCUCGGCUUCUUCCGCGAGGCAGUCCGGCGCGACCCUCUGCACUACAACGCCUGGUUUGGCCUCGGCAACGUCUACCUCAAGACGGGCAAGCACACCCUCGCCGACUACCACUUCCGGCGCGCUCUCGAGAUCAACCCGGCCAACACGACCCUCAUCUGCUGCGUCGGUACUGUCCUCGAGAAGCUGUGCCGCCCUCGCGACGCCCUCGAGAUGUACGAGCGCGCGGCCGCCCUCGAGCCCGAGAGCCCGCUCGUGCGGUUCAAGCGCGUCCGGCUCCUCAUCGCCCUGCAGCGCUACCCAGCUGCCGAGGCCGACCUUCUCGCCCUGCGGCACCAGGCGCCAACCGAGCCCAACGUGCACUACCUCCUCGGAAAGCUCUACCGCGUCCUCGGCCGCAAGGCCGACAUGCACCGGGCGUUCGCGCUCGCGCAGGACCUCGAGCCGCGCAUGGCCAGGUGCGUCCCUCGCCCUCUCCUAUUCGGCACCUCGCGCAGGACGCCCUCACUCACACUCUCUCGCCGUGCGACAGUCUCAUCCGAGAGCAGAUCGAGCGUGCCGCUCCAGAUGCCGCGACGGGCAUGGACGUCGACGAGCCGUCGAGACGAUCCGGAUGAGCUGCCUCUCGUCCGCCUCCCCCACCCCCCUCUCCUCUCUAAUCUUGCAAUUCGUCGUCGUUCGCUCUCUGCACUGCAAUUCUUGCCUCUCUCUCUGAGUGCGCGACCUCGAUGA